AUGCUUGUCAGUUCACGUCGCUUCUUGAGCUCUAGACGCAAUUUCGAGAGAUUUGCAUUACUUGCAUCUGCUCUUGAAGCUUAUUACAAGCAGAAUGACCAUUUUCUAGUUCCCUCCAGCUUCCAAGUGCCUCACAUUGAGUCAUUAAACCCCAGUGAUUUGUCAUGGCCGGAACAAACUCAUGGACUGAAUUUAGGCCGUGAAAUCCGCCACUUUGUCGUCAUUUCAAGCAUUAAAAACCCAUCAGAGCUUCAGAAAAUACGUGAUCAAUUGGACGCCAUUGGAUUUCCUUCAAUUCGUGAUUGGAAGCGCUUCCAGUGGGAACAAAUGUCACUUGCAGCGUUGAUCAAAUACAAGGAGAUUGAGGGUGAUUUAUUGGUCCCUCGUAAGUUUGUAGUACCAAAAGAAGAUGAACAAUGGCCAAGACCAACGUGGGGAUUGAAAUUGGGCUCUCAUGUGAACUAUAUACGUCAGAAACGGGAUCGUUUGAUCAAGUACCAGAUUCAGAAUCUGGAUGAUAUUGGAUUCGUUUGGGUAGUCGCACAUUACAAUUGGGACAUGGUGUUCAUGCCUGCUUUACGACGGUAUCGUGAGAUUUAUGGACAUUGUGAUAUCCCGCAGAAUUUUGUGGUUAGUGAAGAUGUAAAAGGUGGGUUGGAGAAGUGGCCAAAGGAGCUGAGAGGAUACCGACUAGGAGCGACAGUGAACCGUAUUCGAGCGAUUUCAGCCUAUGCAGAGUACGUGGAACGUGACAAAAUAGAGCUGGAAGAGUUGGGAUUUUAUCUCAAUAGCCAUGAUCAUAAAUGGACAGAAACAAUCUUGCCAGCUUUGAAGACGUAUCAUUGUCUCUAUGGAGCCUGCAACAUCGACACGUUGUUUAGUGUACCGAAAGAAAAGCCGUGGCCAUUAUCGGCGUGGGGGCUUCGUCUUGGCUUUAUUGCACAGAAUAUUCGGAACCGAGGUGACUUUUUCUUACAAGUUGCACAGGAUUAUGACAAGCUCAAGGAAAUUGGGUUUGUAUGGAAUACAGCAGCAUCCAAGUGGGAGACCGUAGUAAUGCCUGCAUUAAAGACGUAUGUGCUCGAGUAUGGAAACACUAGAAUUCCAGCACAUUUUGUAGUCCCAUGCAAAGAUCCGUGGCCAAAGGAGUCACAUGGAUUAAAACUUGGAGAAUUGGCAACCAUUGCAGCGCGACAAGAACAAUUCACAGACUUUAUUGCAAUUGAUCGGAUGCAAUUGGAAGCACUUGGAUUCUUUUGGACACCAUUAGGACCGUGA